AUUCAUUCAUCAUUCGAUCGAUUGCUCACUCCCACGUAGCCAACUGUGGGCCUCUUUUAUUGGUCGUCCUCGGAACCUGGGAACAGCAGAGACAAAUUCAAGGUUGGUGGCAUCAUCGUCUCUCUUGAUUGAAGAAAGUGAUGACGAAGAUUGUUGAUCCGUGGCAGUAUCAGUCACGAGAUUCCACAAGUCGUGAUCUUUCGCAGGACUUGACUGCCUCUUGCCUCUUGUUGUGGUCUGGUCACCUUUCCAAGCGACCCGAAGGCUGGUGUCUUGACGCUUCUAUCUAUUUACCAUUCUCGAAUCCCAAUCGACUUCUUGACAGGACAGUGGGUUGAUUCAAAGCAACUUCCAACCAAGAGAAAAGCAAGCAAACAGAUCUGGAGAUAGUUAGUGCUUAGUUAGCUAGAGCUAGUACCCAUGAGCAACAACAACAAUCUGUAUCAAGCCGGUCACAACAUGUCCGGAUACCUGUACGAAGAAGAAUACAUGUCGUGCCCGGCCUUUUGGUUUGGCACCUACCAUGUUCGCAUCACGCCAGAGGAACUGAAUUUUGGAUAUACACUGGGAUGUGCGCAAAAGACGGUGAAUAUCUCCGAGAUUCGAAAAGUGACCGUCCUGGAAUGGCAAGACCCCUUGUGCAACUGGGGUGGCUGGGGUAUUCGUUGGAUGAUCUACCCCCAUCGUGAGGUUGGCUACGUGCCCCGCAAUGGUCCUGCCAUUCGCUUGGAGAUUCCUGCCAAAGAUGGAUCGGAGUACAAUGAAAUUUAUGUGUUUAUCUGCAGUGAUCCCGAAAAGGUCAAACAGAUGCUCAUGAAUCCCAGUGGCAAGGCGGCUCCACCCGGCAAGGAUGAUGCUCCCCACAACAUGUACCAAGCCGGCAAUAAUGAUCCUUGAACACCCUCCUGCCUCUCGCUGUGAUGAUUGUGAUGAUUGAUGAGCCAACAAUAUACAACCCCAACUAUUACUACUACUAUCUAGAACAAUAAGCAGCAUGAGCAGUGUGCCUUGCUGUCUGUCGUUUGCCAGGCAAACCUGUAAACUAACGAAUAUUACUACCUAUUG